AUUGAUUCCAUGGCCGACAACUUUUCUCUUCUUUCGUUGGUAUCUAUUCGAAAAUUUAAUGGAUGAGAAUCUGAGAUAUGGAAGAAAUCAAAGAAAACUCGUGUCAAUGAUUUGAACUUUCCAAUCUCCUUUCGACAUUCUUACAUUACAUAUCAAAAUGCCCAGUGUAAGAGUGAUCCAAUAUCUUGUGUUAAGCUUCAAAGAAGUUAAAGAGUAAUCAAGCCAGCGAAGAUGAUGAACAGAGGAAAUGAGAGAGCUUCGAGGGAGGAGGAGCAGGAGGAGGAGUUCGAGUUGGAGGAGCCGAGGGAUGGAAGCGGAUUAUCCCGAGGAAACCGAUUCGCUUCACUCUGGGUUGAGUUCAGUCUCAGUAGCCAACUCAGUCGGGAAAAUGCCAUUUUUAAUGGAAUCAGAGGCUUCAUGAUCCAUCCUGAUGCCAGGUGGUAUCAAGCAUGGACACAUUUCAUAUUGAUAUGGGCCAUCUAUUCAUCCUUCUUCACCCCAUUUGAGUUCGGAUUCUUCAGGGGUUUGCCGGAUUACUUGUUCUUACUUGACAUUUUUGGACAAACGGCAUUUCUUGUCGACAUUGUUAUCCAGUUCUUCCUUGCUUUUAGAGAUGCCCAUACUUAUCGAAUUGUUUAUGAUCGCAAACUGGUUGCUUUAAGGUACUUAAAAUCUAAUUUUCUAGUAGAUUUUCUUGGGUGUUUGCCAUGGGAUGCUAUCUAUAAGGCCUCUAAAAGGAAAGAAGAAGUGAGAUACCUUCUUUGGAUCAGGCUGAGUCGGGCACGAAGAGUAACAGAUUUUUUUGAGAAGAUGGAGAAAGACAUCAGGAUCAAUUAUCUCUGCACCAGAAUUGUGAAACUUAUUGUUGUUGAGCUUUACUACACCCACACAGCUGCCUGCAUCUUUUACUAUUUGGCUACCACAUUGCCUCCCUCUAAAGAGAAUCAGACAUGGAUAGGAAGUUUGAAAAUGGGAGACUAUAGUUAUUCCAACUUUAGAGAUAUUGAUUUGGCGAAGCGAUACAUCACAUCAUUAUAUUUUGCCGUUGUCAGCAUGGCUACUAUUGGAUAUGGAGAUAUACAUGCCGUCAAUGUCAGAGAAAUGGUAUUCAUCAUGAUUUUUGUCUCCUCUGACAUGAUUUUAGGAGCUUAUCUGAUUGGUAAUAUGACAGCAUUAAUUGUCAAAGGAUCAAAAACAGAAAGGUUUAGGGAUAAAAUGACGGACCUUAUCAAGUAUUUGAACAAAAACAAACUUGGAAAGGAUAUUCGUAACCAGAUCAAAGAUCACUUGAGGCUACAACAUGAGAGUAGCUACACCGAAGCUGCUGUUCUCCAGGAUAUUCCUGUGUCUAUUCGUGCCAAGAUUUCUCAAAAAUUAUAUAAGCCAUUCAUUGAAAAGGUUUAUCUUUUUAAAGGAUGCUCAUCAGAAUUCAUCAAUCAGAUUGCCUUGGGAUGCCCAGUAAGGAGGAGUGAUAUGAACCAGAUGGAAGGAGCCAAAAGAGCUAGGGGCAGGCCUAAAAUGACCAUAGAAGAAGUGGUGAGGAAUGGCAUGCAUAGUCUCGGCCUUGUCCGAAGUAUGACCUCGGGGAGCCUAUUGGAGGGCAAGGAUCUAUGUAGCCGACCCCAUUUAGCUGAGACUUUCUUCACUUGUUGGGUAAUCAGGCUCCAUGAAGAAUUUUUUCUUCCAGGCGAAGUGAUUAUGGAACAGGGCAGUGUCAUAGACCAACUUUAUUUUGUUUUCCAUGGUAUACUGGAGGAGGUUAGUAUAGGGGAAGAUGCAUCACAAGAGGCUGUUUCACUUUUGCAACCUAACAGCUCAUUCGGAGAAAUUUCCAUUCUCUGCAACAUUCCUCAACCUCAUACAGUUCAAGUUCGUGAACUAUGUAGGCUCUUACGGCUUGAUAAACAAUCUUUCACAAAUAUCCUACAAAUAUAUUUUUUUGAUGGGAGGACAAUCUUGAGGAACCUUCUAGAGGGAAAGGAAAAUCGUCGGUUAAAGCAAUUGGAAUCUGACAUCACAUUUCAUAUUGGCAUGCAAGAAUCUGAACUUGUCUUGAGGGUGAACAAUGCUGCAUAUCAUGGAGAUUUGAAUCAACUAAAGAGCUUGAUCGAUGCAGGGGCAGAUCCAAAUAAGACAGAUUAUGAUGGAAGAUCACCUUUGCAUCUUGCAUCGUCGAGAGGAUAUGAAGAUAUUAUAUUUUUCCUUAUUCAAAAAGGUGUGGACAUUAAUAAUUCAGAUAAGUUUGGGAACACACCCCUACUUGAAGCAAUCAAGAAUGGACAUGAUCGGGUGGCUUCUUUGCUUGUUAAAAAAGGAGCAACAUUAAAUAUUGAUGAUGCUGGUAACUGUCUCUGUAAGGCUGUUGCAAGCGGCGAUACAGACUACCUAAAAUUAUUGUUGUCCCAUGGCAUUGAUCCGAACUCCAAAGAUUAUAAUCACAGAACACCACUUCAUAUAGCUGCAGCCGAGGGGUUAUAUUUAACGGCCAAAAUACUGAUAGAAGCUGGUGCCAGUGUAUUAUCUAAGGACAGAUGGGGGAACACUCCUCUUGAUGAAGCCCAUAUGUGUGGCAACAAGAAUUUGAUCAAGCUCCUGGAAGAUGCAAAGUCUGUUCAGUUGUCUAAAUACCAUGAUUGCUCUCAAGAAAUCCAAGUAGUUUCAUCCCCAGAAACUGAUAAAAUGCAACCAAGGAAAUGCACAGUAUUUCCCUUCCAUCCAUGGGAUCCAGAGGAAAAAAGAACACCAGGAAUUGUUUUGUGGAUCACACACACUAUUGAAGAGCUCAUCAAGAUGGCAUCAGAGCAGCUAAAUUACUCGGGUGCAGCCUGCAUUUUAUCUGAAGAUGCGGGUAGAAUCCUCGAUGUGGACAUGAUUUAUGAUGGUCAGAAGCUGUAUUUGGGUGGUGAAACUUACUGUACAUGAUAAGUUUGCCUGUUGUCAUUUGAUAUUUGGUCAGCUUGACCUUAUAUUUUGGAUAUUAGCCCCCCUACCCUAAAUGUGAUGGGUUUGUUUCUGUAUAACUGUAUCAAAGAAGCAUAACUGCAUUAUAAAUGUUGAACCCAGAGAGAUCCCCUCU